CCAGAGUGGAUGACGGUUCAUGCGCUAUUGAAUCUGGCCGUUGAGUUGAGUUCCUUUCUGCAGUAUUUACUCGCACUCCUCGUAUUAACAACCGCCAUUUUAGUCGUUUUUGGUGACUUUUUCGCUUUGUCGAGAGUAGUUCUCGUAAGCUUAGGGUUUGAGUGGUCUGACCGAAGUUUUAGUUUUGCUCUUUCACUCCUUAUCGAUUAGGAAUUACGUAUUCGUUUGCAAGAUUGUGGAGAAGGCAAGAGAUGUGAUUUGGCCGUGUUGUUUACAGCAAUGGACGGCCUUUUCACUCCCUUUGUUGGCUUGACAUAGCGUUCUUACUAGGCCAGUCUUAAGAGAGAACAACUAGAUAGACAUUCUACGAGGUAGAACCAGGAAACGGUAGAAAACUUUCAGGAUGUGACUUUCAUUUAGACGGAGCAAUGGAAUUCUCAAAGUACUACGUUCAUCUUUGUAUGGCACCAGUGUAUUGGACUAUUUCUCUUCUCUGACAGUUUCUUUUUUGACUUCUUCUGACGUUUAGUUAAACGUUAUGGAGAUUCAAGUGGAUGAAUCUCCAAAGGAAGAACCUAUAAAGCCUCCGAAACAUGUACAAUUUGAGCUAAGUAAUGUUGUCGCAGAGGAUGAAUCAAAAUUUAUUGAACCUAAUGUAGCUUCUUUGGUCGAUGGCACUCAAAAAGGUACAACUAAGGGAGAGAACCGAGAGAAAACGGUGGGACUAGAAGCAGAGGAGAAAGCAGUUGGAGUAAGUCCAGAUGGCCGGUUCCUCAAAUUCGACAUUGAAGUUGGCAGAGGCUCCUUUAAAACGGUCUACAAAGGCUUGGACACAGAAACCGGGGUCGCUGUGGCGUGGUGUGAACUUCAGGAUAAAUAUUCAAAAGCCGAGCGAGCGAGGUUCAAAGAAGAAGCCGAGAUGUUAAAGCAAUUACAACACCCAAAUAUCGUGAAAUUCCACGACUCUUGGGAGACCAGAAUCGCAAAUAAAGACAAGAAAAGGGUUAUUUUAGUGACGGAGCUAAUGACUUCAGGAACUCUGAAAACAUAUUUGAAACGCUUUAAGGGAGUGAAGGAAAAGAUUUUAAAGAGCUGGUGUCGGCAGAUUCUCAAAGGUUUACUCUUUUUACACACAAGGACACCACCAAUCAUUCAUCGUGAUCUAAAAUGCGACAACAUAUUUAUAAAUGGUACCACUGGUUUGGUGAAAAUUGGAGAUCUGGGGCUUGCUACUCUGAAGAAAUCUUCCUUUGCAAAGAGUGUAAUAGGUACUCCAGAGUUUAUGGCACCUGAAAUGUAUGAAGAACACUAUGAUGAAUCUGUGGAUGUUUAUGCUUUUGGGAUGUGCAUGCUAGAGAUGACAACACUAGAGUAUCCCUAUAUGGAAUGCCAAAACCCUGCACAAAUUUAUCGAAGAGUUGUUAGUGGUAUCAAGCCCGAGUGUUUGGAUAAGGUUGGUUCAAAGGAAAUCAGACAGAUCAUUGAAGGCUGCACCAAAGCCAAGAUUGAGGAAAGAUAUACAAUCAAAGAUAUGUUAAACCACCCAUUUUUUCAAGAAGACUCUGGAGUGAAGGUGAAUUUAGUGGAGGCAGAACCUGGUACUGACAGCGAUAUCUCUAAAGCUGCUGACCUAGUGAAGCUGUUACUUCAGCUGGAAGAUCCCAAGAAACGCAAAGACAAACACAAGCAGAAUGAAGGAAUUCAGUUUGAUUUUAAUCUGGGUACUGAUCAACCAGAUAAGGUCACCCAAGAAUUGGUCCGUCAAGGCUUUAUUUAUGAUGAGGACCAAAAGGCAGUCACAAAGUCCAUCAGGGACCGCAUAGCUCAAGUUAUGCUGAAUCGCCGCAAUGUCAAACGUGAAAGUUUGGGUGAAGACAAGAGAGAGAAAGAAAGGCAAGAUGAUGAACAGACUGUGAAAGUGGAAGGAGAUGAUAGUGACAAAGAACAGCAGUUGCCUGAAACUGAGAAGGAGAAAGAUCAGGAAAAAGAGAAGGAGAAAGAUAAGGAGAUAGAGAAGGAGAAAGAAAAAGAGAAAGAGAAGGAGAAGGAGGACCAUGAAGAGAAGGACUACAAGGAAGAGUUGGAAUCGACUGCUGAAGUUUCAGUAAGAAAAAGUAGCUUAGGAAGGCGCGUCAUUGAUCCUUCAGUUGAAAGAUUAGAGGGAAUUGCAGAAUGUGGAAGUAGUCCUCAUGGAACAAUUGACGAGCACACAAUCACCACUUGCCAGGAUACUUCAGAAAAGAAAUUAGCUGGUAACAUAGAAGAAUUGAGUCCAGGUGUGGCUUUGGAAGCAGAGCCUGUUUCAUCUGUUGCAACACUACCCACGGAGGUAGAGCCUUUGCCAUCCCCAGCUCUGCCCACUCCAACUGAAACAACUUUCAGCAGCACUGUGAUACCUGAGAUGCCAUACAGUUCGUCUGGUUAUGGGUCAAAUACAUCAUCGAUAUCAUCAGUCUCUUCUGCUCCAACCUCUGUAGGUGAGGUUUUGUCUUCAGGAUAUGUGUGCCUCACCACUAGCGGAAGCCAGAGUACUGCUGUUGUUAAUCUUUCUUUGUCAACUGCACCUUCGGCACCAGGCUUGGAGAAGAAAGAUAGUAAAUCAGCUGUAAAGCAAGCAAAGAAAGAUAGGUUACCAAGGAUUCAACUAAAAAGGAUUGAAGGGUCUCCAGAAGGUCCUGUGGUUGAGUGUAGCUUUGAUACCUACAAAAACAGCAGGAUAACUUUUAAGUUUGGUAUUGAUGAUGAUGAGCCAGAUGAAGUUUCUACCAAUAUGAUGGAAGCAGGUCAUUUACAAGAAUGCAACAAACAGCUGUUUGAAAACCAGCUUCGGCGUGUGAUAAGCGAGGCUAAGGAAAGGGUACAGAAGGCUAAGAGCCAACCGGGAACAGAGAGUACAAGUGAAAGGACAGUGCUGGAAACUCAAAUCUCAUCGGAAAGCAUUUCUCUUGGGGGUCCUUCACAGCAGUUAUUGGAAAGUCCUUUUCCAAAGGAGGUUCCUUUCUUUGUGGAUGCUACUGCAGCCGUCAAAAAUUCUGAUUCAGGCCCAUUUCAGCCUGAAAAUGAACUCCCUGUUGCUGAAAUUUCACAGCCAGAUGAAAAACAGGCGGCAGUCUCUGAGCAAAAACCCAAUUCUCUUGAACAACUUUCGGAGGGUUCCCAGAAACCCUCAGCAAUGGUGACCGCAAAGACAGAAGAAAAAGCCAAACAGCCUGUGGUAUUAAAUCCUGUCCCUCAUCAGCAAGUUCAACAAACUUCAGAAACCAACUAUCUCUCUCCAAAGGAAGAAAGUUUUCAGGCAAGUCAUCAGAUUGAUCAGGAUUUGGAGAAAGGAAAAGAACCACAUUUAGUGGUGGGAGAACCAGCGAACGAAGAACCACAGAGAAGUGAUGACGCACCGGCACAAAAUGUUGAAACUUUACGAAGUAAUUCUCCUGUUGAAGAUGAGCAAACCGCAGUGCCUUUCUCUGGAGGUCCCAAGCGACGCUUUACUGUGAGUAAAGUUCAAGAUCCUGUGUUAAACAAUAUGUCAUCACCUGAAGUGAUGACAAAAAAUGAACAUGAAUCACCGCCAGUCCUCAAGACCAACAGCGAUUUGUGUUUAAGCUCUGAGAGUGAGCUAUCAUCAGAUACCUCUAACAAAGACAUUUCAAGAACGUCAGAAUCAGGACUUUAUCAGGAGCUUUGCGAUCAAACAGAAACUCGAGAGAAACUUUCAAACAAAGACAGUGCGUCAAGUUCACAGCAAGAAGCAGCUAGUACAGCUCCGUUGGAAGAUCAAAGACUUGAUGAAAAAUCAGAUAUUGAACUACCCUCACGAUCUUUACAUGACUUUGGAGAAAUGCAAAUGAGUUUUGAUAUUCAAGUUUCAAAGGAGGGGGAACAACUUCAAACUAUACCAUAUACAAAUUCUUCAAGGCCGCAGACCCCAACAUAUGCUUUUCAUCCGGUUGAUAAUUCUAAUUCCGAGGAGGGAUCUUUUCCAUUACGCCAGGUAAAAUUUGAAUCUCAGAUAUCUGGAGAGGACCUUAAUCCCGACAAGCACAAAGUAGAGUCUGUUGCUUCGUCGGACGAUGAGCUAUCAAUUGGUGCUCCUAACGAAAAAGUAAGAGCCACGUCGUCAGUAAGUGAAUUUGUUCAGGGAAGAUUCACCAUUUCCGCGUCAUCCGAUAGGCCUUACACGCCAUUAUCGGAGACUUUGGACAAUGCAAGACCUUUGUUACCUUCGCAAGCGCCUUUAGAUGUAACCCUUUCAGAUAUGACUACUGCUGCCGUCAUGGGAUCAGUUCCAUCUCUGACUCCCAGCUCAUCAAUGGAAAGCCUUAACUCAGUGGGCUCUCAGCCAGGUGCAAUGAUUUCUCACACGUCUUCAAGUUCACCUCAGACAACUCCCCUUGAGGGACAGGGCUCAAAUAGUCCAUCUGCAGCUUGUAAUAAAGACCCAGUGAGAAAGAACAGUGGGCAAAGCGAUUUGCUUAAUGAUGGUGCGAGACAUUUAUUGGCAAAGCAAGAAGGAGAACAGCAGAGGAAAACAGCACAGAAAACAAAGUCACUGCAUUCCCAAAGCGAUUUUGAACAGCGACUGCAUAUCUUGUUAGACCUGUCGACUGAGGAAGAGGAAGAGUUAAGGAAACUCACUACAAGGCAUCGCAAAGAAAAAGAAGAACUGGAAAAAAGACACGAGAAAGAGUUAAUGCAAUUUAAAAAGAAAACUGAAAUGAAGAAACAGCGACAGCAUCAGCAACGCACACAGCAGCAACAGCAACAAUUGAAAGACGCUUUUCAGGCUCAGAUGAAAAAAGAGAGACAGCAGCAACAGCAACAUCAACAACAACAACCUCCACUUCGGCACAAGAGUAGUACAGAGGAGGGACCAGAGUACAAUGAUCAUUCUAAGAUUAAUGGAUGCAGCGCUGAAAUGUCGGCUGCCGCGGCCAAUGCGAACGUCCCAAAAAAGACUUUCUCUGGUAUCGAUAAGGAGAUUGAACAAUUGGCGCAGUUCGAGAGCAAGACUAAGAAAAAACCGACAUCUUCUGCAGUUGCAGGCCAGGCAACGGGAGGAAAAGUAGAACCAAAAUUAAGUUUAAAUCAGAUCAAAGUGAACCAGCUUCAGCGAGAGGUACCUCCAAUACAAACAGCUUCAACUCCGGGACCCCCAAGAACUGGAUCGCAGGGAGUUCCUCAGGCAACAGUCUCCCAACAACCCAUUGCGGCUUUCCCAAGUACAUUUUCAAACUUACAGGCUCCCCCUCAGGGCGCUCAAGUUCCAGUUACAAGUUAUACUGGCGCUGUUAUAAAUGGACCUUGGCCCAACGGGCCGGAUAAUGUUCAAUGGGCAGCAAAUAUGGACGAACACCAGUGGCAUCCUGUUGGAGAGUCUCAGCCCUCGUGGCCAGUUGCUGUAAACGCUAACUCGAACGCUAGUGGACAGUACGUUGUAAGAAUACCACAGUCAUUUGCACCAGCUGCCAAUGUGGUGGGUCAACAAUUUGUGGUGCAAUCUGCGCCACAUCAACAAAUGCCCCAUCGGUAGUACAUACAGCAAACAGAGAUUUAACAAGUUCUUAAGUGUAAAGUGGUACAAGUUGACAACAAUCAAAUCUGCACCCAACAAAUGCAAUUAGAAUAAUGAUAUUGCUUUCUAGUAUACAUACCCAUUGGUUAAUGUUGAAUUUCAGUCUUGAAACUAACCGUAACAGCACUGAGGUAUUGCGUUCCAAUCGUAAACAGUCUAGCAGAAUUCCUAAAUAACUGAGGUAGAGACGAAUCUACCUUGCUCAGGGAGGCACCAAGAUUGCGAGAAAUUCAUCAUUCUUUGGGUAUGAAUAUGAUAAUAGGCUAUUUUGUUGUUCGUCUUAAAUUUAGAUGUAGCUCUUCAAGUCAUCGCAAGGAACAGGAGCUACUUUAAUUUUGUAUUGAAAAUAAUGUCGUCUUGGUAUUGUAUGCUUCAGCUGUUAAGUGUCUUCACAGAAAGCAAAGAUUCCAUUUAUUUUGGGAGAGCGUGAAACAGUUGAUAGCAUGCAUUCUGGUGAGCCAACUAAGAGUAAUUAAGAGUACCCUUUGUAAGUUCGCCGGCGCUUGCCAGGAAUAUAAAAAAGAAUUGUAAUUUAUAUGGUACAAGAAACUUGUUUACUAAGUUUGGUCUAUUUUUGUUAGCGGCAAAGGUAUCGGAGAAAGGUUUUACCUUGCUUUGACCAGGUAUUACCAAUUAUUUUUACUUCACAUGGAAAAAAUGGAACGAAACAACAUUUAAAGCAGGAUAGAGUGUAAAAAUUGCACGACUCAUUUUCUGUUUAUUUCAUUUUAUUUUGAAGAGGGUGCUUACUCAAUAUUGACAACAUUCGCCUUAAUUUCGGUUCACUUAUCUGUUAAAUGUUUGUUUCUAUGAUGCAACUUUGGCGCAUGCACUAAACCUGACACAAAAUUGUUUCAUGUAACUUUGUAACUUUGUUAAAGCCAGGUUCAAAAUUGAAGAGCGACUAAAAAACUGAACACGACUUACGCAUGACCAAAAUAGAGUGAGCAGUAAAAGUUGAAUGCGGCAAAGUCUGCCCGUAUUGUCCUCGAGGCGAACAAUGAUUUGAGGUGGCUUUGGCAAACUUUGGUUUAGUGAAGUGAUUUUCUGUAUAUUAUGGUGUUAGAACGUAAUUAAUGAACCUGGUGCUCAUCUUGCUAAUUCAGAAUUAAUUGUCGUGGAAAAGGAAGACCUGUGACGCGCAAAGGCUAGAAAUGUUAUUGCCAGCUGUGCAAGAUUUCAAUUUGUAGUAGGGCCCAAGUUGAGCAAAAAAAAUACAAGAGAAACAGUUUAAGGCACUGUUAUAAUCAUUACUCUCGAGGUUGCUGAUUCGGGUAGUAAAGGUGAAUCUUGCACUAAACGCAUCGUUAGGACUAAAGUAGGAAGAGUGUCAUGUUGUUGUUAACGAUCUCACCUGAGAUCAAGAAGUUUACAGACCACGUUUUCCUAAGUGAUCUCACUCGAAGACAAGCAGUUUCUUUCACCGAAGUGAUUUUCCAUUUUCUGCUAUUUCGAAAUCCUGCCAAGGAUGUUUUGGAGUUUCGUCUUCCAUUUUAAUAAAUUCCUUCAAACAUU